GACCUAUACAUUCUCAUUUAUUUUCUUUUAUUUCCAAUCCUAAGGCUCAAUUAAUGAUACGAAUUUGACGUGUUGUUACUCAAAUGACCUGAUUUUGCAUAUUUUCAUUUCGAUCGAUGUUUUACGUAUUUUUUGUCAUGCAAACACUCAACAAAUCCGGCCAUUUUGUUCGACUAAUUCACAGUAUUAAUUUCCCAUCAAGCAUAAGAUUUGAACCGAUUUGAACAAAUUGCAUUUGAAAAGGGUUCGAUCGAAGUGUUAAAUUGAGAAUGGUCUCUUCAAAUAUCAAUAUUUACAAACAAACGCCCAAUUGAACACAUGUGUGAGAGACUCGCUAUCGUAUCGAUUUGCGGUAUAUUCCGUUGAAAAUUUAUUAAAUCAUAAAUAAUUGAAAACCAAAAAAAAAAAACAUGAGAAAUGUCAGAGAUUAUAUUGAUCUAUCGAUAACGAUGACAGAAAGCGCAUGUGUAUAGUUCUCACCAUGAACGUGAUGAUUUGUAUAGGAGUUUUUGAAAGCACGAUAAGCGUGGUAUACAAAUGAAAUAAGUAGGAAUAAAAUGCAGACGAAAAUGAUAACGCACGGUCAUAAAUUGAAUAAAUGAACCUUUUUGUGGCCUUAUAGUCUAUUUUGUGGAAGAAAUAUAUUUUUUUUAUUUUAAAUAAUUAUUUACAAAUAAUAUUUUUCGAUAGGAAUUGGCUGACUUUGAAAAAAUGUCAAAUGGACCGAAGCUCAGCGUGAAUGAUUUGAACAAGGAUGGUGGUUUCGAUGACAAAAAUAGCAAUCCACUAUUUUCCUGCUUUGUGGCUGAAGAACUUGACUCGUCCAGUGGUUUGCCGCAAUGGAUCGUUGGAUAUGCAUUGUGCUUUAAUACUUAUUCCACAUGGGAGGGGAAAGCACUGUUUUUGGAGGAUUUCUAUGUCAAGCCAUCAUAUCGAAAACAAGGCGUUGGAAAAUUAAUAUUUACCGAAGUUGCAAAGUAUGCAAAUGACACGAAUUGUAUUCGACUUGAAUUACAUGUCCUCGACUGGAAUCCGGCUAGAAAAUUCUACGAUAAGAUGGGCGGCAUCAACUUGACUGCCAAAGAAGGCUGGCAUUACACUCGCUUUGAACGACAAGCUAUCGAAUCCAUUGCCAACGGCAGUAAAUGAAUGUACCCUUCUUAAUUGCUCUUGAUGUAUCAAAAAUUGUACUUAAUUAUAUUAAAUAUUUGAUAAAAAGUUUAUGGAAAUUCA